UGAAAUUAUAUCAGAUCAGUUGAGUUAAUUUAUUCUUUUUUGGUUUUAACCUAACAGAGCUCACCAACCCAGAAGGGCAGAAGGAGAAGAAGAAGAAGAAGAAGAAGAAGAAGAAGAAAACAGAAACAGAAAACUACUUGCAACAGACCUUUUCUUCCCAGUCACCAUUUUUCUCUGUUUUCUCAGUGUCUACAAAUCAAAAACUGAAAAAAAAAGAAAAAAAAAUGAAUCCACCUUCUCCAAAUCCGAAUCCAAAUCCAGAUGAAUUCUCUUCUCUCCCGCUGGAAUUCAUUUCUUUCCCUCCAAUCUCUAACCCAACUCCCACCCUGAACCCUAACCCUAACCCCACAACCCCUCACUUCCUCUCCUUCUCCAUCCCCAAAAAACGACGUCGCGGCCGUUCCCAACGCACCACCACAAUACCAACGACGUCGUUUCACCUCCCUCCAAUCCCACCUUUUCCACCCAAAUCCAGCUUUAACACACCCCAAAAUUCUAACUCUAAUUCUUUAACACUAACACAGCAACAACCAAUCCCCGACAUUUCCGAGGAGAUUAUUGUAAUCAAUAAGGAGUCCACCAGCGAAGCAUUAAUUGCACUUUCUUCCGGUUUUCCCGCUGAUUCUUUAACGGAAGAAGAGAUUGAAGCAGGUGUCGUUUCGGUCAUUGGUGGAAUUGAACAGGUUAAUUAUAUUCUAAUUAGAAAUCAUAUCAUUACAAAAUGGCGCGAAAAUUUUAACACUUGGAUUACUAAGGAUAUGUUUUUAAACUCGGUUCCAAAACAUUGUCAUGGUCUGUUAGAUUCUGCUUAUGAAUAUUUAGUUUCGCGCGGAUUUAUUAAUUUUGGAGUUUCGCAGUCGAUUAAGGAUAGAAUACCUGGGGAGUUGAAUAAGUGUAAUGUGAUAAUAAUUGGUGCUGGUUUAGCUGGAUUGGCCGCUGCUAGACAGUUGAUGAGGUUUGGGUUUAAAGUUACUGUUCUUGAGGGGAGAAAACGUGCCGGUGGGAGAGUUUAUACAAAGAAAAUGGAGAGUGGAAGUGGGAAUAGGGUUUCUGCAUCGGCGGAUUUAGGUGGGAGUGUGUUGACUGGGACUUUGGGUAAUCCGUUAGGGAUUUUGGCUAGGCAGCUAGGAUGCUCGUUGCACAAGGUGAGAGAUAAGUGUCCGCUUUAUAGGUUUGAUGGGAAACCAGUUGAUUUGGAUAUGGAUAUGAAGGUUGAGACUGCGUUUAAUCAUUUAUUGGAUAAGGCUAGUAAGCUUAGGCAGUUGAUGGGGGAUGUUUCAAUGGAUGUGUCAUUAGGGGCAGCUGUGGAGACUUUUAGACAGGUUUAUGGGGAUGAGGUGAAUGAUGAGGAAAUGAACUUGUUUAAUUGGCAUUGUGCAAAUUUGGAAUAUGCAAAUGCAGGUUUGUUGUCAAAGCUUUCAUUGGCAUUUUGGGAUCAAGAUGAUCCCUAUGAUAUGGGUGGGGAUCAUUGUUUCAUGCCUGGUGGGAAUGGGAGGUUGGUUCAGGCUUUAGCAGAGAAUGUACCGAUUUUGUAUGAGAGGACUGUGCAUACUAUUAGGUAUGGGAGUGAUGGGGUGCAGGUUAUUUCUGGAAGUCAGGUUUUUGAGGGGGAUAUGGUAUUGUGUACAGUUCCACUUGGUGUAUUGAAAAGUGGGUCCAUAAAAUUUAUUCCUGAGUUGCCGCAGAAGAAGCUUGAUGGGAUAAAAAGGUUGGGGUAUGGACUGUUGAAUAAGGUCGCAAUGCUUUUUCCUUAUGUGUUUUGGGAAACUGAUCUUGAUACAUUUGGGCAUUUGACUGAGGAUUCAAGCACGCGAGGGGAGUUCUUUCUAUUUUAUAGCUAUUCAGCAGUUUCCAGUGAUCCAUUAUUGAUUGCUCUUGUAGCAGGAGAAGCUGCGCAUAAGUUUGAGAGUAUGCCCCCCACAGAUGCUGUGACACAAGUUCUUCAGAUUCUUAAGGGUAUUUAUGAACCAAAAGGAAUCACUGUCCCAGAGCCAAUCCAAACUGUAUGUACACGAUGGGGUAGUGAUCCCUUUACCCUUGGUUCUUACUCUAAUGUUGCAGUUGGGGCUUCUGGAGAUGACUAUGAUAUAUUAGCAGAAAGUGUUGGGGACGGAAGACUUUUCUUUGCGGGGGAGGCCACUACUAGGCGAUAUCCUGCGACUAUGCAUGGAGCUUUUCUUAGUGGGUUAAGGGAAGCUGCUAACAUAGCUCACUAUGCUAGUGCUCGAACCUUGAGGAUGAAAAUUAGUCGAAGUCCUUCAAAGAAUGUAUACAACUAUGCUUCUCUUCUUACAGAUUUCUUUAGGGAGCCUGACUUAGAAUUUGGGAGUUUUUGUGUCAUUUUCAGUCGAAAGGAUGCUGAUCCAAAGUCCCCAGCAAUUUUGAGAGUGACAUUUAAUGAACCUCGAAAGAAAAGUCAGGAAGGUUGCGGACCAGAGCAACAACAUUCAAAUAAAUUGCUUUUUCAGCAGCUUCAAUCACAUUUUAACCAGCAGCAACAGCUUCAUGUUUACACUUUGUUAUCGAAACAACAGGCUUUUGAGCUAAGAGAGGUAAGAGGGGGUGAUGAAAUGAGGUUGAACUACCUCUGUGAAAAGCUAGGAGUGAAGAUGGUGGGGAGAAAGGGUUUGGGGCCUGCAGCUGAUUUUCUUAUUGCUGCUAUUAAAGCUGAGAGGGGCAGUCGCAAGGCCACUUCAAAUUCAUUGGCUCUCAAAGUGGGCACUUUAAAGGGUACAUCUAAGCUAAAAGCAGGCACUUUGAAGCAGAAAUUGAUCAGGAGAGCAAAAGUAGUGAGCAAUAGCAAUAGGUUGGUACCUCCUCCCAAUUCAAAUAUGCUAAAAAAUCAAAUGCCAAUGGAGAUUCGCGCACCAAAUCAGGCACCCUCUGAAUCUCCAGUUGCAGGACAAAGUCAAGUUGACAGUUUAAAGAAUGAGCAGUUAGCACCUUCCUGCUGAAUUUGCAACUGCUGUUGACUCUAGGAUUGAUUUUGUUUGCUACUGUUUACUGAAGUCUUGAUACUGGCUCUCUCUGGUUAGACUGGCGAGUUUGUUCCUCGUUCUGAAUCUGGCAAGGAGGGCCAGUUGGAGAACUUUAGUUACCCAUACCAGAUCAAGGACACGUCAAAGAGAAGUUUCUUAUUUCUGUGACCACAGUUACAGUUGCAAUAAGUACUUUAAAGCUCAACAAGGAAAAAUACAACCUUGCAUGAUUUGUAUUCUCCUCUCAUUUAUUUAUAUCCCAUGGACACCCUCUAUGGAGGACUAAGGAGCGGUUUAGCUUAUGUCGUUGUUGUAUCACAGUCCAGAGCCUUCAGUUACCCUGGGUCCUGCAGAGGCAUUGCACGUUUUUUGUGAAUCCCACGUGAGAUGCAGAGGGCAAGGUCCUGAAUUACCUGCUCAUUAUUAAGUUUGUUACCAAGCAGACUGGUGUGCGGAGAUGGGUACUUGGAGGUGGUUAUACUGUGAAUUCAAGUAAAUUGAUUAUGUACCUUGAUCUAUUUUCAUUUUAUUCUAAGGCAGAAGGUUGGAAUUCUCAGAUGUGAUGACUGCUGCCUGCUGCAUUUGGUUGUUGGUGAAGGCUUAUGGUCAGAUUGAUAUAGCGAACAAGUUCGCCAUUGUUGAUGUUAGCAACUGUUUUGGAGGUGGAAGACUGCUGGAUCGUCAGCUUUGUUUAUCAAUGAAGAUUCAAUAGUGUGAUACCUUGGAAGUGAAAAAAGGAGAUGAAGAAAAAGGCAUGUGCUUGAUUACAAUCGCAUCUGUAAAUUCUUAAACACUGUUGACUCUUUCCUGGAUAUCCGCAAGGCAUUUGUACAUCUUUCUCAGAGUGUAAGUAAAUUGUACAGAAAAAACAGUGUAGCAUGUGAAAAAAAAAAAAACUUUGGAUUAUUACAACAAGGGUUAGAUUCCAAUGCAAAGUAUCAGGCAUUUUCUCUGGUGUGAAUCAAAAGAAUAAUAAAAUAGAACUUUUACUUGAGAUACAA